AUGGCAGCUUCAAUCACCGACGUAGAGGUAGAGACUCUCGGCCAGAAAGCCAUCGCAGCCAAGGACCGCGCCUACUGCGUCUACUCCAAGUUCCGCGUCGGUGCAUGUCUUUUGACCGAGAGCGGCGAGUACAUCUCUGGCGUUAACGUCGAGAAUGUCAGCUACCCGGUUGGCGUAUGUGCUGAGCGCUGCGCCAUGGGAACAGCCGUGGCGGCCGGACAUACCAAAUUCAGGGCUAUUGCUGUAGCUACUGAUAUUAACCCGGGAGCCUCGCCAUGUGGCAUGUGUCGGCAGUUUAUGCGUCAAUUCUGUGCCUUGGACUUCCCGGUCUAUAUGUAUGGUGGCGAUGGGAAGUAUAAGCUGACCACUAUGGGAGAGCUGCUACCGUCGUCUUUCAGCCCUGCGGAUCUACCGCCUCCCAGCUAA